UGGAUCCCCUCUCUCGGUAUUGUUCGCCGCACGGUGCACCAAUCCGUAACGAAAACGCUUCUCCCCUCCACUCACGCAUCGAACCAAUCCCGCGUUUGUAGCUGCCGCGUUGGAUAGCAUAUAAGCGCAACACGCUGCCUCGAAACUUACAUUGCUGAACUUUCGGUCUAACUGAACAUUUGGCUGUUCCGAUAAACUCGAAAAGAAAUGGCUCGUACGAAGCAAACUGCCCGCAAGUCCACUGGCGGUAAAGCUCCGCGAAAACAACUGGCGACAAAAGCUGCACGUAAAAGUGCGCCUGCUACUGGAGGAGUGAAGAAGCCGCAUCGUUACCGACCUGGAACCGUUGCUCUUCGUGAAAUCCGAAGAUACCAAAAGAGCACUGAGCUUUUGAUCCGUAAACUACCUUUCCAACGACUCGUUCGUGAAAUCGCACAAGAUUUCAAGACCGAUUUGCGUUUCCAAAGUUCAGCAGUUAUGGCACUUCAGGAAGCUAGCGAAGCGUAUCUCGUUGGGUUAUUCGAAGACACGAAUCUUUGUGCUAUUCAUGCUAAGAGAGUCACUAUUAUGCCAAAAGAUAUUCAAUUGGCACGUAGGAUCAGAGGAGAAAGGGCUUAAAUUCAAGCUCUAGUUUUUUUUUUUACAAACAUCGGCCCUUUUCAGGGCCAACAAAUAUUUGUCUCGAAGAAACAACCUUGUUCUUUACAAAAUACUUUACAUGCAAUAAAAUGAUUUCUC